AUGUCCCUCAGCGGCAAAGUUGCCCUCGUCACAGGCGGCUCCAAAGGCAUCGGCAAGGCGGCUGCCCUACGCCUCGCCCAAGAGGGAGCCAGCGUGGCAGUAGGCUACUAUUCCGACGCCGCCGGGGCCCAAGAAAUCGUGGACAGGGUCGGCAGUGACCGGGCCAUCGCGAUCAAAAUCCAUGCAGGCAAGGUACCCGAGAUCACGAGCUUCGUGGAACAGGCGGUCGAAAAGUUCGGCAAGAUCGAUCUGGUGGUUGCCGCGGCGGGGAUGAUGACGCUCAGCACCCUGGAGACAAACACCGAGGAGCAAUUCGACGAGCUGUUCGCGCUGAACGUCAAGGGGCCGAUGUUCUUGGUUCAGAAAGCUGCGCCUCAUAUGGCGCCGGGAUCACACGUCAUCCUCUUCUCGUCGACUCUGACAGUCGUAUCGACUGUUAUGCCGAAUUAUCUGAACUAUGUGUCGAGUAAAGGCGCGGUCGAACAGAUGACUCGCGUGCUGUCCAAGGAUCUAGGCCGGAAAGGCAUCGCGGUCAACUGUAUUGCUCCUGGUCCCACGCACUCGGAGCUGUUUGACCGCGUGCAGACAGAACAGUCGUUGAAUUUCUUGCGCAGUGCAAAUCCCAAUGGUCGGAUUGGAGAGCCGGAGGACAUCGCGGGGAGUAUUGUCUUUCUGUGCAGCAAUGAUAGUCGGUGGGUGAUGGGACAGACAUUGCGGCCCGAAACAUCGCAAGCGGAGAGCCAGCCAUGCCACGGAGCCUCAGUCCCAGACGUAGUCGCUAUCGGCGAGGAACAAGAAUCGUUGGCGAAGUGGAAGGAACAAUGUGGCAUCAAGACAGAGAAGCAGAUCAGACUGGUGAAGCUCGCGCAUAUGCGCUAUCAACAUCCCGACCUUGAUGCGAUUACCGUAUUCCUCCAAGAUUUUGGCAUGCAAGUGGCCAAAAAGACAGACGAGGAAGUGUGGUACCGAGGCUACGGAACGGAUCCGUAUGUCUACUAUGCACGAAAAGGGCCGAAGGACUUUCUCGGAGGGACAUUUGAGGUGGAAUCGUACCGGGAUCUGGAAAGGGCUGCCGAUCUGCCCACAGGCAGCACCAUCCAAGAGUUGAAAGAUGCCCCCGGAGGGGGCUUCAUGGUCACCGUCAAAGACCCAGAAGGAUUCCCAAUCAAUCUCAUCUACGGUCAGACACCAGCAGCACCAGGCGAAUACCCCUCCAAGCUCGUCGUCAACUACGAGUCAGACAAGCCUCGCGUCCGCCACUUCCAGCGCUUCGUCCCCGGCCCAGCAGCCGUCCACAAACUGGGCCACUUUGGCCUUUGCGUCCAAAACUUCCGAGAAAUGGUUACCUUUUACACAACAACCUUCAACCUCGUGCCCAGCGACUUCCUCUACGUUGAAAAAGACAAGCAGAAGAAACCUGUCGCUCUCUUCGCGCACAUCGAUCGCGGCGCUGAGUAUGUCGACCAUCACAGUUUCUUCAUGAGCAUGAAUCCCACUUCGCACGUACAUCAUUGCUCGUUUGAAGUGCAUGACUUUGACACGCAGAAUCUGGGACACCAGUGGCUGGCGAAGAAGGGGUUUGAACCUGUUUGGGGCGUGGGACGACACAUUCUCGGUUCGCAGAUAUUUGAUUACUGGUGGGAUACCACAGGGAACAUGAUUGAGCAUUAUGCGGACGGGGAUUUGGUGAAUGAGGAGACGCCCAUUGGGUAUGGGCCUGCGGGCGAUGAAUCGUUGGCCGUCUGGGGCCCGGAGGUGCCCAGGUCGUUUUUACAGUAG